CUGUUCUCACUGUUUGUAUCCAACUGGCAAAACUUUCUUUUCUCCUAGUAGGUGAGAAGACGCUGGAAAACUGGAUGCUGUUUUCAGUAUUGGAGAUCUAGGCAUGUCAGUACCACUUUGGUCAUACUUAAGGAUGGACAAACUAUGGCUGUGCACAAUGGAGUAUGUGUUUUCUGCCCCCCCAGAGCUUAAGAAGAGCUUUGGUAGGACAAGCUGCAGCUGGCAAGCUUGGUGAAUGCAGUAGGGACAGAUCUUUUUGCGGCUCCAGAUGAAAGGGGGGGGAAAAAAGGAAACCUUUCCAUCCCACCCCUGGACAAGCCUGCUUCAAAGAGACCACACUAAGCAACAAAGCCAGGGGAAACCUGAUUCCUUUAAGAGACUUAGCAAUACCUGUUUUCACUCAGUGCCUGUUCCUGGGCUCGGAUUCCCAAGUCACAACGGUGAAAGAGGGAAAUGCAAGGAAGAUGCAUGUGCUUUCUCUACACCUGUGCUCUGCUGUUCAAACUGCCUGGGACUGAGGAGGAACAGCUGCUGUCAUGCACGAGAACAGACAUCAGCUCUGUGCCCCUGUGCCUGCUGCAGAAAUAGAUCUGCUUGCCCUGCAGGAGGCUUUGCCAACUCCUGGGAAUGUGGUUGUCAUCACUCUACCAGCAUUGUCAGCUGGUGGGUGUCGUCUCAAAGCCUGCUACACCAGAUAUUUUCCAGCGCAGAGGGGAUCGCUCAGCCCAGGAGAAAGAACUUCAUGAAGCACGACAAGACAGAGGUCGCCCCCAGCACAGCCUACCACUAACUCCAAGGCAAAUGCCUUUCAUCCCCAGGUCUCAAAGCACUUCGGUAGGAAGCUUGUGAUCACCGGCCCUGUUUAACACAAGGGGAAACUGAGGCACGGCCACGGAAGUGACCUGUCACGCAACAGGGCAGCCCCACGGUACCUACCUGCACUGACUGGCAGCUGCUAGCAGAGGACUUGGCUCUGAGAACUGUGAGCACUGAAAAUGGAGAGAUUCCUGGGUUUUACCCAUAACCACUGUUUCAUCAUGCUGUUCUUCAUCUCCCUGAGCCCGCUGGGCCUUGCCCAGUAUGAACACUGGCCCUACCUCCCCGGUUACCCUGAGCCACCCCCACAAGUCUACCAGCCCCCCCAGAGGCCGGCAAAUGUUCCCAAGAUCCAGCUGCGGCUCGCAGGACAGAAGAGAAAACACAACGAAGGCAGAGUGGAGGUGUUUUACAGCGGCGAGUGGGGCACGGUGUGCGACGAUGACUUCUCCAUCCAUGCUGCCCACGUGGUCUGCAGGGAGCUGGGCUACGUGGAGGCGGUGUCUUGGCUACCCAGCUCAAAGUAUGGAAAAGGAGAAGGGAAAAUUUGGAUGGACAAUGUCCACUGUAAUGGCAAGGAGACCACCCUGGCAGCAUGCACUUCAAAUGGCUGGGGAGUAACUGACUGCAAACACACGGAAGACGUGGGCGUGGUCUGCAGUGAAAAGAGAAUCCCUGGCUUCAAGUUUGACAACUCCUUGCUUAACCAAAUAGAGAACAUGAACAUCCAGGUGGAGGACAUAAGGAUCCGCGCCAUCCUCGCCACCUACCGCAAGCGGGUGCCUGUCACCGAGGGUUACGUGGAGGUGAAAGACCAAGGGACCUGGAAGCAGAUCUGCGACAAGCACUGGACCAUGAAAAAUUCCCGAGUUGUCUGCGGCAUGUUUGGAUUUCCGAGCGAGAGGAAAUACAACACCAACGUCUACAAGAUGUUUGCCAGCAGAAGGAAGCAGCAUUACUGGCCUUACUCAAUGGACUGCAGUGGGAACGAAGCUCAUAUCUCCAGCUGCAAACUGGGCAAUCACCUCAACGUGGAUGCAGAGAAGAACGCAACGUGUGAGAACGGGAUGCCUGCAGUGGUCAGCUGCGUCCCCGGGCGCGCCUUUGCCCCCAGCAGCCACAGUGGCUUCCGAAAAGCCUUCAGGCAGGAGCAACCACUGGUGAGGCUGAAAGGGGGAGCCAACACUGGCGAAGGACGAGUUGAAGUGCUGAAAAAUGGAGAGUGGGGAACGGUUUGCGACGAUAACUGGAACCUGGUGUCGGCCAGCGUGGUGUGCCGAGAGCUGGGCUUCGGGAGCGCCAAGGAAGCGAUAACGGGCGCAAGACUCGGGCAAGGCAUGGGUCCAAUUCAUCUCAACGAAAUUGACUGUACGGGCUUUGAGAAAUCGGUCACGGACUGCAAAUUCAACACGGAGUCGCAGGGCUGUAACCACGAAGAAGAUGCUGCCGUGAGAUGCAACGUCCCGGCCAUGGGUUUCCAGAAUCAGCUGCGUCUGAGCGGCGGCCGCAACCCUUACGAGGGCCGGGUGGAGGUCCUGGCGGAGCGCAACGGCACUCUGAAGUGGGGCACCGUCUGCAGCGAGAACUGGAGCACCGUGGAGGCCAUGGUGGUGUGUCGGCAGCUGGGGCUGGGGUUCGCCAGCCAUGCCUUCCAGGAAACCUGGUACUGGCAUGGAGACAUCAGCGCUGACAAUGUGGUUAUGAGCGGUGUCAAGUGUUCGGGGACCGAGAUGUCCCUGGCCCACUGUCGUCACGACGGAGCCGAUGUCUCCUGUCCCAGGGGAGGUGGUCGUUUCGGUGCUGGUGUGUCCUGCUCGGAGACUGCCCCUGACCUGGUGCUCAACGCCGAGCUGGUGGAGCAGACGGCCUACCUGGAGGACCGCCCCAUGUUCAUGCUGCAGUGCGCGCUGGAGGAGAACUGCCUGGCCAGCUCGGCCGUCAACACCUCCCUCACGUCGGGCUACCGGCGCCUGCUGCGCUUCUCCUCCCAGAUCCACAACAACGGGCAGUCUGAUUUCCGCCCCAAAAACGGCCGCCACGCGUGGGUCUGGCACGACUGUCACCGGCAUUACCACAGCAUGGAGGUUUUUACCCACUACGAUCUACUGAACCUCAAUGGAACCAAGGUGGCUGAAGGACACAAAGCCAGCUUCUGCCUGGAAGACACCGAAUGUGAAGCAGAUGUGCAAAAACAGUAUGAAUGCGCCAAUUUUGGCGAACAAGGAAUCACGGUCGGAUGCUGGGACGUGUACCGUCAUGACAUCGACUGCCAGUGGAUCGACAUCACUGAUGUCCCCCCCGGCGAUUACCUCUUCCAGGUUGUCAUCAACCCAAACUAUGAAGUUGCUGAAUCCGAUUAUUCCAACAACGUGAUGAAAUGCAGGAGCCGGUACGAUGGGCAGCGCAUCUGGAUGUACAACUGCCACAUAGGUGGCUCCUUCAGCGAGGAAACGGAACAGAAGUUCGAUCACUUCAGCGGACUCACAAAUAACAGGGUGGCCACCCGAUAGAACCGCAUCGCCUCCCACCCCACUAUUUAAAAGAAGCGAAGUUUCCUGCUUCGGUGAUUUCCCUAACCACUGCACAAAACCGGAAAAAAAAAAAAAAUCAAGCAAACAAUCAAAACUCGAAAUUAGCAAGGUAAAUUAUUUUCUAAAGAUGCCUUCCUUCCCAGUUUAGGUGCUCAGACCACCACGUGGCUCUCGUAACUCCAGUCCCUACUACUGGGCAGUCAGGAGCAGGCUUUUAAACGCGACUUGGCUCCGCGUCUUCACCAUUCCAACCUCCUCCACAAAGAUUCCUCCCUCCACUUUGCAGCACCAUCUUUACUCACAGACGUAGGUCCAGGCUGCAGCAAGCACAAUUUGCCUUUGCUUUGGGUACCAACAACCCAAAAUAUGUCUUUACCAUUUUCUUCAAGGCAUUAAUCUUGGUAUCUUUAAGCUCUUUGACUCAAGCUUGAACCGCACCAUUGAUGCAAACGCCUCCAUUUGUGACGCUGCUUCUUGAACACAGCUAAUCCUCAGUACUGCCGUGUCCUUACUCCACUUUAGCCAAGAAAUACAGGAAAAGGGGGGGGGGAAAUAAUAAAAUUGGAGCAGCUUUUUCCGAGUGGAACAGUAUAAAGCAUAAUUUAAUACUGCAGUGAAACUCUUGUAUUCAACAAUCGACUCCCAACGCGAUCUCUCGGCGGAGCAGCUAAUGCAGGACUGCAUUCCACGAGUGCAGCGGGGCUCCGUGAAGCUGCACCUCCCUGGGAACACCCGGAAGACUUCGCAGAUCUCCUGGGAAGCUGCACCUCCCUUGGAACAUCCAGAAGACUUCGCAGAUCUCCCGAU